UCCACCGACCGCAAGUGUUCCUGGGUCAGCUGUACUUCAGCUGAAAAUCAUAUUUUAUUAGGAAACCCAUUGAGAUAGUCCUUAUAGCACUUUAAUGUACAUUAGACUCCUUCUCGUAGCCUUCUUCCAAACAUUUUAAGAGGAACGCCCUGCUUUGGUGCAGUUUAAUUUAGCUCAUUUGGACGUCUCAACCUGAAACAGGCUAAACGUAAUGAAUACAUCCAUGAGCAUCUACGUGCGUUAGAAAUAUUAAUUCUCUCCGAUACCAUCGACAAAGGACAUGGAUGCUGAAAAUGGAGAGGUGUUUUUCAGGAUCAAGGAGGAAGAUUCCGUGACGGGAGAAGAUCUUCACAACAGUUCUCUCCCUGGCGGUCAUGCUCUGUGGUCUUCACAAAGUGUUCUUAAUGACAGUGAGACAGAGGAUGUCUUCCAUGCCAUUAAUCCAAACGAUAUGUACACCUCUGGGCUCCUCCACGACACCCUGUCGGAAAGUGACAGUGGCAUGUCCGCUGAUCCGCAGUCUGACAGUCCCUUGGGAACAAUAGAGGCUUCCCAGGACAUGUCUGUUCCCACGGUCUACCAGGUGGUCUAUGACAUCAGUGCCAUAGGCGGCAUUAAGACUGAACCAGAGCAUCAUAAUGUGGACGUGAUAUCCAUACAGCUUGACGAAUGGAGCUCUCAGAUGCUUCUCUCAGACUCUUGUAUUGUGAACGAGCUGCCUCUCGUUGCUGGGGGGAAGGUGGAGACGAUUCACCCCUCGACUUGUGCUUCCAGUGAAGCCAGCCUCUCUGAGACUUCACUGGAUUAUCCAGACCUGCAGCUCACUGAAGAAGAGGAGAAGCUUCUAAAACAAGAGGGGAUCUCCCUGCCUAACAAUCUCCCACUCACUAAGACUGAGGAGAGGAUUCUGAAAAAAGUAAGACGUAAAAUCCGUAACAAACAGUCAGCUCAAGACAGCCGGCGCAGGAAGAAAGAGUAUAUUGAUGGGCUUGAAAGCAGAGUCUCUGCUUGCUCAGCCCAGAACAAGGAGUUACAGAGGACUGUGGAUCAGUUGGAGAAGCACAACAUGUCCAUCUUGGCUCAGUUGCGGAAGCUUCAGAGUCUGAUCAAACAGACUGCCACUAAGGCAGCUCAAACCAGCACAUGCAUCAUGAUUUUCAUCUUCUCCCUAGUUCUAAUCAUCUUCCCCAGUUAUAGCCCUUUCAGUAGGGGCUCCUCUGCAGUAGAAGAGGGCUACGCUCCCAUUGGAGUCAUCUCCAGAAGCAUUCUCAAUGAUCCUGCCUCGUCCUUGCAAAUCUCCGAGGACACGGUGGCCUCCUCAGCCGAGUUGCCACCUCCCCCCGACCUCAGUCAGUCUGACCCCCCAGAUCUCACUCUGUCAAGGCCGCAGCAAUCACCAGAGACUCCUGAUACGGAUGAUAGUGUGGAGUUGAUCUUAGAAGGGAGCCAGCAGCUUAAUAACAAGUCAAGUCUGGCUGAGGCAAAGAGAACUGACCAAGUGGACCUGGGGAUGAUUCGAUCAGCCAUACCAGGAAGUGCAAACAUUGAUCCGACUAAACCAGCGCAUGCAGAUGAAAUGUGACCAGUGGUCAUGCUUUCAUUAUUUAUUGUUUAUCUUUAAUUUAUGGAUCAUUAUUAACGCCUCCUUUUCCAGAUGAUCUGGGUGGUACCUGUGCUUCUACUUCAAGUGAUGUCUUCAAGGGAUAUUUUUUUUUCUUCAGAGAAAAAGUCAAGCUGCUUUCUUGAUUCAACUAGGGCAUCCAUGUUUGGCAUUGUUGUGUUUUUGCCUCUCUUUAUGAAGCAAUUCACAAAAGUGUAUUCAGACAAUACUGUUAAAGAGAAAAGUUUGUAUUUUUUCUUUAACAUUUAGAUGUGUCAGUCUUACAGGCUUCCAAAAUUGGUGAGGAUACUUUUUUCUCGUUGUGAUUUUGUUUUUCUGUAGUGUUGUGCUGCAGAAUGCAGAUCUCUGUAAAUCCAGGCCUUUUCAAGGACACAUGUCUUUAUUAAUUUUAAUUGUGGUUUUAGUUUAUUCUGUAUUAAAGUUAUACAUAACUUUAUUUGUAUCAGAAUUCAGUAGGCCUGUAAUUGAGGGAAAUGUUUCAUGGUACUACCUUCUUUUUAAUGCAAAUUCAAAACAGCAACAGCUCUGCAGCUUUGUGUGAUUGUUUGGCACAACCAGAGGGGUAUACCCAGGUAACUUGGGGAGGUACCACUGGUCUCAAAACAGUAUGUCACUUCAGAGACAAUACAAGCAGUAAAGUGUUAUUUCAGAGAUCAGUGGUUAUUCCAAAGUUACCAGGCUCAGUGAUGUUUCACAGUAUACCCCUCAUGUCAGUGUUAACUUAAGUAAAAACCAGAGGGAAGCAAGUGCCAGGAUGAGCCAGACUCAUUGCCGUUGAAGCCUGGAAACUGCUAGCAUUUCAGCUUCAAAGUUUGUAGAUCUGCAUGGUAGACGUGCAUUAAUUGUACCGUGCAAACACUGUUUAAAUGAAAUAAACAUUCUU